AUGCCCUAUAAAAGCUAUAACCUGCAGCAAAUUAUUUCCAUGGGCCGCACUAAACGCACCCAAAUGACCCCUUCAAACCCUAGAACACAAGGGGGACCUCCCUCAACAUCCAUCAGGGAGUACCUCCAAACGCCGGCGAUCUUGGCGGCAAGUCUCAAGGCCACAAAUAUGGCGCUGGCCUCUCCCGGCUCAACUGCAUCGGAGGCAGAAUCCAUGUCGGCACACGAAAUCCUGCCACCUCCGACUCCAGACUGGUACGCAUUGUUUGCAUCGCUAUCCAAAAAAGAAGAUUUUCAACAACUGGUCGAUGAGGUGAUGGGUACACUGCAUAGCGAAAUAUCCUCGAUACGCACAUCUCUGACAUCACUAAAAACUUGUGUCAGUGCACUGGAGGAAAGAGGACCCCAGGCGAAUGGCCCAGAUCCAGCUACCAUCCGACACCAAGCGGCACAGAUCACAGACAUGAGAAUGCACAUCGAAGACCUUGACAACAGAAGCCGCAGAAAUAACAUUCGGGUGCAGGGUCUAAAAGAAACCUGGAAAAUCUCUAGAGCUUGCGCGCCAAAAGACAGAAAAGCUUUGUACACGCCAUCAACCUCGGGAGUGAGUGCUAUCGGACCCCCAAGACAAUUGCAGAAGCCUUCCGGGCGUAUUACGCAGCACUAUAUCAGUUACCACCUGGCGGAGGACGGACAGAUGGAGAAGCCUCGACCUUACAGGAAAGACGCUUGGAAUACGUGA